AUGAAAUUAAUUCUCAAUAUUCCAGUUGAUGCCCGAUGGAAACAGAAUGGAGUGACUGUUGCUGGAGGUCAUGGAGAAGGCAGUGCCACCAAUCAACUCUACGGGCCUUGUGGUCUCUUCGUUGAUGAUGAUCAAACGAUGGCCAUUGCUGAUUGGGGCAAUCAUCGUAUCAUCCAAUGGAAGAUGGGUGAUACGAAUGGACAAGUAGUAGCUGGUGGCAAUGGCCAAGGAAAUCGAUUGGAUCAAUUGUAUCAACCAACCGAUGUGUUGAUCGACAAAGAGACGGGUAGUCUCAUUAUUUGUGAUCGAGAGAAUCGACGAGUCGUACGAUGGUCUCGUCAUAGUGGUACAACUCAAGGAGAAAUCCUCAUCAACAACAUCGAUUGUGCAGGAUUGGCCAUGGAUGAUCAGAGAUAUCUCUACAUCUCUGACACCGACAAACAUGAAGUAAGACGAUAUCAAAUAGGAGACAAGAAUGGAACUCUUGUAGCUGGUGGCAAUGGCAAAGGUGGAUUUAUUACAACAGAAAAGAAUGAAACAAGAUAUAUUCUUGUUUUGAAUAAAAAUUUAUUUAUAUCGACAUAUCUAUUCUAUACUCAUCAAGAUCAACAAUUUGUUAUUCAUGUACCAGUAUGUAUUAAUCAAUAA